AUGCAGGUCAUCUCCAUGCUCAACGAGCUGUACACGCGCUUCGACUACCAGUGCGGCAUCCUGGACGUGUACAAGAUUGAGACCAUAGGCGAUGCCUACUGUGUGGCAGGUGGACUACAUAAGAAGAUUGACAGCCAUGCUAAGCCAAUCGCGCAGAUGGCUCUGAAGAUGAUGGAGCUUUCAGAGGAAGUACUCACCCCUGACGGCAAGCCCAUCAAGCUCAGAAUAGGCAUCCACACAGGCUCACUGCUAGCUGGCGUGGUCGGAGUUAAGAUGCCACGCUACUGUCUGUUUGGCAACAAUGUGACCCUGGCCAGCAAGUUUGAGUCUGGGAGCCAUCCCAGAUGUAUCAACGUCAGUCCAACAACCUACCAGCUGCUGAAGGAUGACCGCUCAUUUUCGUUUGUCCCGCGGUCUCGGCUGGAGCUCCCAGACAACUUCCCCAAAGAGAUCCCAGGAACUUGCUACUUCCUGGAGGCGGGGACAUCACACAGCCACGCCUCUCUCACCAGCUCUCGCUCCGCCCCUCCGGCCUCUAUGAGGAAAGUCUCCUAUAGCAUCGGGACCAUGUUUCUAAGGGAAACAAGCUUAUAGGUCUCAGAUGGAGAACCAGAUAAAUUGAUAUUCAUGUUAUGAUUUACUGGCUCAGAUGCACAGGAGGCCGUAAACAUGUGGGAAGCCAUACACACACGGAUCUAUGGAUAUGCACACGCUUUGUGUAUCACGUUGGAUUUCAAAUGGCUGAAAACAUAUUGCUGGUACAAGGAAAAUGCAAAAUUCCCUACCGGCCAGGAACUGUGAGGUACAUUCUCAUACUGAAAUCAGAUGGGAAUUAUUCACUAAGGAUGUUACUAAGGGACAGCUUGCCAAAUUCACAAGGACAAGACCGAGCCAGGACCAGUCAUAGAACCAAACCUAGGACCAGUCCCAGAUCCAGCCCUAGAACCAUCCCAUAGAACCACACAUCCUAGAACUAUCCCUAGAUCCAGCCACUCCAAUAGCCCAUAAAAUAGCCCUAUUUUACAGCCCUAGAACCAGUCCUAGAACCACAAACAACCCUAGAACCAGUCCAGGAACCAGCCCUAAACCCAGCCCAAGAAGAAACUCUAAAACCAGCCCAAGAACAAACCAUUGAACCAGCCCUGAGACCAGAACGAGCCCAAUAACCAACCAUAGAACCAGCCCCGGAAUCCCUAGAAUCUGCCCUAGUACUAGUCCCUAUGACCAGCCCUAGAACCAACCCAAGAACCAGUCCUACGGUCUAUCUAUCGCACAGGUGAGGUCCCCAUUGAAGAAGGGUUUCCCUCUCUGUUCAAUCUUCAAAUCAGGCUAUGCCUUGAAAAAUGAAGUCUGCUCACUCAGUGCGACCGUCAUGCAACCGUGGGCUGCAUGGGACUAGAGACAGAGACACAAACACAAGACACAAGAAAGAUAAAAGGUUAAAUAGUAAUAGUUGAAAAAAAUAAUACUAAAAGGACAAAUGACAAAAAUACUUAAUCUAAGCUGAUUUUGGAGCCUUUUCUGCUUGUGAGCUGCAGCCAAUUACCGACAUGGACACCAUUAGAGCCAUUUUAUUGCAGGUACUCUGUUUAGGACGACGACCUACUCCCAGCUCAGUGCCUUCUACUGCUCAGACCAGGACAUAGUACACAGUGAAUACAUUUUGAAUAUCUGAAGACAUACAAAAAGAUGAGGAGUGCUUAAUCAAUCUUAUUUUUGUAAGCAAUACCAAACCUGGUUUUAUGUUAAUAUGUGAUUAAAGAAAAAUACACAGUACUAUAUGCAUUAGGUUGAUAAGGUCAUAUUCAUUCAGAUAGAAAAAAAGAUUCAUUGCAGUGUUUUCAACGUAAAGGCUGUGACAAAGCCAAGUAGAAAAAAAAGUGUUAAAAUAUGGAUUUUUAGUUCAAAACGUUUAAUGAUACACAUUGUCAAGCCAAGUUGCUUUGUAUAGAUCAUAUUUGUAUUUUCACGAUUACAGUCUCAAAAGACACCAUUAGGGACUCCCCCUUAACCCUACCCUUUGCCGCCCUACGUGAAAGGAAAACCUACCGCAAACCCCCGAAGAGAACAGGAAGAUCCUUGAGAAGUAACUCAUAGUGAAGACCUCUCCUUCCAUGGAUGGCUAGGAGGGCAGAAGGUGCUGGGUUGGGCAGACAUGAGAUGAUAAUAAAAUUACAAUGUGUUGAAGGAGAAUAUCCAAUAUGACAAUUUACUUGAAUACAUACUAAAACAGCACCUACAAAACCCCUGGUAUUUGACGUUCAUGAUCUUUAUCGUUACCAUUACAGAUGUAGAUGUAUAAGUUAGAACCUAUGACAUACUUAUUUUACCAAAAGGAUUUUAGAUCAGAUUCUUCAAUUCUGCUACUCCACUCUUCUAGAUUAUAAAUAUUUGGUUUUUUUUAAGAUGUCAAAAAUGUUAAAUUUGUGUGUUCUAAAGGUCAGCAUCACAUCUUUCAUAUCAGCAACAAAAAUCCCCCCAAUAGUACAAGGGAAAAUAUGAUGAUAAGCUACUCUACUGUUGGUCUACAGAGCAGUAGUCACAAUGGAGAAUACUGAUUCCUGUCAUACUGGACGGAAGCCAGGGUUAUAGAUUGGAUUAUUACUAUUAGAUAUAAAUAUAUGCAUACCCAGAGAUAAUAAUCAAGCCUUAAUGGUUUGAUUAUUACAUUAUGUGGUCUCAUUUCACCAACUGGUCAGCUCCUCAAGUGAAAGUAAUGAAAGGACAUUUGUAAAAAUAAAUAGAAGGUCAAUUCACUUAUAAGGUGGAUGCAAAUGUUGUUCUAACAACAUGAACAUUCAUGUAUAUUAAUUUACAAGCAAAUUACCCUGAAAAUAACUUCUGUAUAAAUGGUGCUACCUUAAUGUGUGUGUGUGUGUGUGCCAAUCUUAAAUACAAACAUUGAAAUUUAAUUUCAAGACGUGAAGUAAAUAGACACUGCCGGAAUGUGAUUUCUUCUUGCCAACAUCCCCAAUGACAGAGAGAUCUUAGAGAUGCCUCCUUUCGACUUUGCACUGCAGAAUCCAUCCUUAAUACUAAUUGACCCUCAAAUGUUUCCCAAAAGAAAAUCUGUGAGAACAGUAAGGAAGAACUGCCUCCAAUCCCAUUGUUUUGCAAUAAGAACAGCUUGUAAUUAUGCUGUGUUGUUCUCAAAGCUGGGAUAGGCAAAUUUAAAGAGAAAGCUAGAUUUAAAAAAAUGUAACAGAAAAAAUCCCCCCCUCGCUUCAGGCCCCCAUCCAAAGCCAGAACAUUUGGCUAGCUCGCAAGCUUUAGCAGAAGUUUGGCCUAGCCUG